AUGGCCAAGCUGGAUGAUGGCGAGUCAUGUUAUGAGAUUCUUGGCGUUGAUCCCGGUUCCACGCCGUCAGAGAUUCGGCAGGCAUACCGAAAGCUGGCUUUGGCGAAGCAUCCAGAUCGCGGGGGUGACCCCGAAGAGUUCGCCAGGCUUAGCAAGGCAUAUGAGGUGCUUUCUAAUGCCAAGUCCCGCGCGAACUAUGAUAAGACCGGCCGGACUUCCAAGCUGACGGCCGAGGAGGAGUUUAUCGAGGCCUUUCGCAGCUCCGCCGAGCCGGCUCCACCUCCACGCGAGCCACGGGAGCCAGCACGAAGGCCUCGAACGGAGAAUCAGCACCGGAGCGGUGGAGUCCAUAGCUUCUCGGCAAAUGUGGGGUCACGAUCCUCGCCAGAGAAAGAUGCUGGCUUCAUUCGGCCGGAGACCUUGGCGAGUGUGGCCAGUGAGGCAGGAUUCAGCCCAGGCGCGCGUGUGCGAGUCGUCGGGCUGGAGAAACAGCAAGCGCUCAACUCGGCCACGGGAACGCUGGUCAAGCUUCACAACGACCGGUGGCAGGUGCGCUUGGACGGGGAGGGGGACAAGCUACUAAAGGCCAAAAAUCUGCGAUUGGAAGACAGUCCAGACAUGCAGAGGGCCGACGCUCAGAACGGGCGCCGCCCCAGCGCAGAGGACGUGCGCCGCCGUCCCACUGCGGAGGACGCGCACCGCCGGCCAAGUGCGGAGGACGCGCGCCGCGGCUCUUUCUCCCGGCCCACUCCGGACUAUGUGCGUGCCGACUCCAGCGCCAUUGACAUUGCAGGCAGCUGGAAUAAUUGGAGGCCGCAGCGGAUGAUCAUCGAACCCCAACGUCGAUGCCAUAAGUUCCAGGUUCAGCUGCCGUCAGGUUCCAGUGAAAGUUUCCAGCUUUUUGUGCCCGGCGAUGGGCUGGGCCGCUGUCUCCAUCCUGACCGCCCAGAUGCAAAUCCUCACGAAUUUCAUCGCCUCACUGGGCCGGAUGACAAUGCAAAGGGCUACAGUUGGACCAUCGGCAAGCAUGCAAGCGACAAAGUUGCUGCAGGGGGCCGCUAUGAAGUCAUCCUCAUUUAUGCCGCAAACGGUAGGCCAGAUCGUAUCGAAUGGGUGCAUCUGAAUCCGCGGAACACGACGCCCAAGGCAUCCUUCCCAGCCCGCCCAGGUGCCAGCAAGGCCUACAGUGGAUUGACUGUUGCUACGUUCCUUCAAGCUGCCAAGCCAGAGUGGUCUGGCAAGGAUGUAACGUCGGUUUGCGAAAAGCUGGCGAAAGUCCACGUCGUAGAUAUUCCCAGCUUGUUAAAGGUGUUGCAGUCUGAGGGCUCCUCUGGCAUCAACCACAAGUUCAAGGCCGCGGGUGAGAAAGCCUUCACAGAUCAAACGCUGCGAGCGCUCCGCCAGCAUGCGAGGAAGGUGUCCGAAGAAGAGACAGCGCGAGUCGCAAGGGCGAAUGCACCAAAGGUCGAGCGCGCGGCUGCUUCACCGCAAACCUCUGGCAGCUUGCCGCCUGUUCCUACACAAGAAUAUCGGGUGGUUCAUGAGUUUGCAUAUGUGCGGCAGGAGCCUUCUUUGCACUCACCGCUCUGUGGCAAGAAGGAGCAAGGCGACACGGUGCGCGCUUGCGAAGAAACCUUCGAUGGCUGGGUAAAACUCCAUGGACAGCCAGGAUAUAUAAUCAAGGAUAUGGCUGGAAAGCAGGGAAUCGGAAAGAUUCUCAGCGCCGUUGGCAAGCCGCCGACUCUGGUUCUCCCAGAAUCGCAAGCCACAGCAACAGCAUUGGUCUUUGAAGUCGUGUACAAGCCGCUGGUGGCAGUGCGGGUUGGACCAUCGAAGAGCCGGCCGAUUCAGGGAACUCGCAAGUUCGGCGAGAGCUUCCGCGCUGAUGCUCAAGGAUACGGCGGAUGGAUCAGGGUAUGUGCCGAAGAUGGAGGAGGGUGGAUGUUGACUGCGGACCCGGACCUCGGCCAGUUGUUGAGCUGCAAGAUGUUGCAGGAGCGCGAGCAGAAGGUGAAAGCACUGGACCGGGCUGCGGCAGCAGGCGACCCGGGAGCUUUGGGUGAAGCUCUGGGUGCCGCAAGAAGGGCGGGUCUGGGAGGUGAGGCGGUCACUAGCGCGGAGCGGGAGCUGCGGCAGCUUCGCGAGCGUGAGGCAGCCCGGAAGGACUUACUGCAACGUGCAUCAAGCGCCAAAACGGAUGGGAGAGAUGCAAGGCUGCGCAGUUGCAUUGAGGAGGCGGAUGAGAGGGGAUUUGUGAAGGAGAAGCUGGCCAUGCAAGAGGCCUUGGAGAAUUUGCUGGCCACCAAAGCAGAGACACAGAAGGAGCAUGAUGUGCUCCUGGACAAUCUGGCUGCUGCAGCUGCCAGUGGGGAUGUAGCACAGAUAAAAGUGGCACGGAACGCUGCGAAGGAAGGUGGUGUGCCCAUGAAGGAGAUCGCGCGAGUUUUUGCUUUGCAUAACAGCCAAGCUACAUAA